CCCGACCCGCCCCCCGUGAUAAAUUACCCGACCUGCCACGGGGCGGGUAUGGGUAUCGAGAUACCCGCCCCGGACCUGCCCCAUUGCCAUUCCUAGUAUAGACUUCAUGGGUCCUUUCCCAUCACCCUACAACAACAAAUACAUUCUCGUCGCUGUCGAUUAUGUAUCAAAGUGGGAGGAGGCAGCCGCAUUACCAACUAAUGAAUCAAAGACGGUUGUGAACUUCAUGAGAAAGAACUUGUUCACCCGUUUUGGAGUGCCACGAGUUGUCAUAAGUGAUGAAGGAACUCAUUUCACAAGUCGUGAGCUGAAUACACUCUUGGCCAAAUAUGGAGUCAAACAUCGCAUUGCCACACCAUACCAUCCACAAACCAGCGGGCAAGUUGAAGUAUCCAACCGCGAGUUGAAGCACAUCUUAGAGACCACCGUUAACUCCUCUCGGAAGGAUUGGUUGAGGAAGUUGGAUGAUGCAUUGUGGGCCUAUAGGAAUGCCUAUAAAACCCCAUUAGGCAUGUCUCCAUAUCGGCUAGUGUUUGGCAAAGCAUGUCACUUACCGGUGGAGCUCGAACACAAGGCGUAUUGGGCCAUCAAGAAGUUGAAUUAUGAUAUGAAACAAGCCAGAGAAAAGAGGCUCCUUCAAUUGAAUGAGCUAGAUGAGAUCCGCCUCAACCCCUAUGAGAAUGCCCGAAUCUAUAAGGAGAAGACGAAGAGGUGGCAUGAUCAACAUAUUGUAAGGCGAGAAUUCAAUAUGGGCGACAAGGUAUUACUCUUCAACUCUCGUCUCUGUCUCUUCCCGGGCAAGUUGAAAUCGAGGUGGUCUGGACCGUUCACGGUGACCAAAGUCUUCCCUCAUGGCGCAAUCGAGAUUCUUGGUGACAAUGGAGUGUUCAAGGUGAAUGGCCAGAGACUCAAACAAUACACAGAAGGAGCAUCCCUGUUGGAGAUCUCCUCUUAUCGCCUAAACUAAGCCAUUCCAACGUCGAGCUAAUGACGUUAAACAAGCGCUUCUUGGGAGGCAACCCGAGAUUUGUUUUUCUUUCAAUUUUUUUUUUAUAAUUUCACUUUUUAGGACGUUUGAAGCAUCUCCAUAAAGCUUGAGCUCAAAAUUCGUUGAGGAAGGUAUAUUUUCCCAAUUUUAUAGGUGCAUUGGCAGAAUGCUUUGAUGGACAUGUGCAGUGGAGAAAUGCUUUUUGCAAUGGAGAAAUGCAGUGUGGGGUGGAAGGCGAUAUUGAUGGACUUGAAGAGUUAAAACGCAAUCAGAAAAAAGGAGGGACAAUGAAGAACUUUUCUUUUG